AGGAACGAGCUCACCUCACUUUCGCCCGACUUGAAUUAGAAAAUCUAUUUGAUGACGAUGAGGAUGGCAAGUUGAUCUCACCCAAAGUCUCUGAAUCUUUCAAUUAUGGUCUAUGGAUUGACCCUGAUUUCGAUGAAGAUGAAGAUGAUUAUGAAUCUGAUCAGGGUGUCGAUUCGGAAACUCUAAACUUGACAUCAAAAUCUGAUACCAGUAAUCCCACCUCGACAUCAACCUCCAUUGAUACACCUAUAACAAGCGUCAAGGAAUUAUAUUAUGAAAAGGUCGAAUCACCGAUUAACAAGUCAAAUGAAAGAAGAAACUCAACAAGAUCCUCAUAUAAUGAAAAGGUCGAAUCACCAGGUAACAAGACUAAUGAAAGAAAAAACUCAACAAGGUCCUCGGCUGCUUCCAGACCUUCCGAAUCAAAUGGUCAGUUCCAUAUUCAUGAUCGUUCGGUUAGCGAUGCCCGAGUGAUUGUGGAUAGUCCAAUGCCUAUUGAUGAAAGACACUCUCUGAAUGGUUUGGCUUUAAAUGAUCCGGCGAAUUUGAUGGGCAAAAAUUUUCGGUUAGAAUGUGAAAUUCUUCGGGAUACUUUGGAAAGGAGUCGUUCACUCACUCAAAGAAAUUUGGAUAUAAUUAAUAAAGUAUACAAGAUACUUGAUCAAUGGGAGAAUGUGACUGAUUCCUUGCUUAUCAAACGAAUAGAAACAUUAUGCAUCUCCAUGGAAAUUAAACCUAAAGAUCUAUUGACUAUUUUUGAGGAAAAUUCAUCGGAAUCUCCAGACUACUAUUUUGUCAUUGGGUUCUUCAACGAACACGCAUUCGGAAAAGCCGAGGAUCUAAAAGCGGCCUUCGAAAAUUAUUCCAAAGCAGCAGAUUUUGGAGAUUCACGCGGCGAAGUAUAUUUAGCAUGGUGUUAUUACAAAGGAACAGGAACUUUGAAAGACCCACCAAAGGCCUUUCGAGCUUUUCAAAGUGCUGCCGACCGAGGGUGUGCCUCCGCUUACAACAGUGUUGGAUGGUGUUAUGAUAUAGGAUUCGGUGUUGCAUCUGAUCCUGUUAAGGCGUUUGAAUGUUUUAAGGCGUCCGGAGAGAAAGGUUACGCCACGGCUCAAUGUCGAGUGGGUCUCUGCUAUGAGUAUGGCAAGGGCACUGCCAAAGAUCUAGAGAAAGCCCUGGAGUGGUAUACCAAAGCUGCCGAAAAUGGUCUUGAGUCUUCUAGAAAGCGAGCCAAUGAAAUAUCGAAGAUAAUUGCAGGAGGGGGUAAACGCCGAAGUUUUCUGGUUCGUAACGCAAUCACAAUUCCAUCUGUGGGGGAGCGGGUGCUCUACGGUCCCUUACGAUCGACAACAACUUGA